AUGGCAUGGAAAGAGAAGCGAGCAAAGCAAACUAAGGAGCAGCCUGAGUUGCAGGAGGGAGACCAGGAGCGCACAGGACCUCAGAGCCCAGGGAAGGCGGUCUCUCAAAGGCAGUAUGAGCGGGGUGAAGACAUCUUAAGCCAGAGGAAUGACUCUCUAGUUGUGGAAUUUCAGUCAUCAGCCAGCAGAUGCAGGAGUGUCUAUGAACCAGAUAGAAAUGCGUUACGGAGGAAAGAACGAGAAAGAAGAAAUCAGGAAACCCAACAGGAUGACGGCACAUUUAAUUCCAGUUACUCUCUCUUCAGUGAGCCCUACAAGACUAACAAGGGGGAUGAACUCUCCAACCGGAUCCAGAAUACUUUAGGCAAUUACGAUGAAAUGAAGGACUUUUUAACUGAUAGAUCCAACCAGAGUCACCUCGUUGGAGUUCCCAAACCUGGGGUUCCUCAGACUCCCGUAAACAAGAUCGAUGAACAUUUUGUUGCAGAUUCAAGAGCCCAGACCCAGCCCUCAUCUGUCUGUAGCACUGCAUCUUCCACACCAGCAGCUGUCCCUGUGCAGCAGAGCAAGAGGGGUACCAUGGGCUGGCAGAAGGCUGGGCACCCGCCACCUGAUGGCCAACAGAGAGCAACACAACAGGGCUCUCUCAGGACCUUGCUUGGAGAUGGUGUUGGCAGACAGCAGCCACGGACCAAACAAGUGUGCAACAUGGAGGUGGGUCUUCAAACCCAGGAGAGGCCACCUGCCAUGGCGGCCAAGCACAGCAGCAGUGGACACUGUGUUCAGAACUUUCCUCCAUCCCUGGCUUCAAAACCCAGCCUGGUCCAGCAGAAACCGACCGCAUAUGUGCGGCCGAUGGACGGCCAAGAUCAGGCUCCUGAUGAAUCUCCAAAGCUUAAGUCAUCUACAGAAGCCAGUGUGCACUGCACGUCAUACAGAGGGGUCCCAGCCAGCAAGCCGGAGUCAGCCAGAGCCAAGGCCAAGCUUUCCAAGUUCAGCAUCCCCAAGCAAGGGGAGGAGAGCAGAUCUGCAGAAAGCAACAGCUGUGUUGAAGAAAUAAUUCGGGAGAUGACCUGGCUUCCACCGCUUUCUGCUAUUCAAGCCCCUGGCAAAGUGGAACCAAGCAAAUUUCCAUUUCCAAAUAAGGAUUCUCAGCUUGUAUCCUCCGGACACAAUAAUCCAAAGAAAGGUGAUGUCGAGCCAGAGAGUCCAGACAAUGGCACAUCGCAUACAUCAAUGCUAGAAGAUGACCUUAAGCUAAGUAGUGACGAAGAAGAGAAUGAACAGCAGGCGGCCCAGAGAACUGCUCUCCGCGCUCUAUCUGACAGCACCCUGGUGCAGCCGCCCAACUGCAGAGCCUCCGUGCCUUCCAGCAAGGGCAGCAGCAGCGGCAGCAGCAGCAGCAGCAGCAGCUCCUCCAGUGACUCAGAGAGCAGCUCUGGAUCCGACUCGGAGACUGAGAGCAGCUCCAGCGAGAGCGAGGGCAGCAAGCCGCCCCACUACUCCAGCCCCGAGGCUGAACCGGCAUCCUCUAACAAGUGGCAGCUGGAUAAAUGGCUAAACAAAGUUAAUCCGCACAAGCCUCCUAUUCUGAUCCAAAAUGAAAGCCACGGGCCAGAGAGCAAUCAGUACUACCCCCCGGCGAAAGACGAAGCGCAGGACUGUGGGAAGCUCCCCGACGUCUGCCAGGCCAGCCUGCGAGACAAGGAGGUCAAGAGCGCCUGCAAGGAGGAGCAGAGGCCCAGGACGGCCAGCAAGGCUCCGGGCAGUAAGGGGCUGAAGCAGAAGUCCCCGCCCGCCGCCGCGCCGCCGCCCGCCGCGCCCUGUGCGCCCGUGGAGAGCGCGCCCGCGCCCGCGCCCGGCCGGAGGUCGGCGGGCAAGAAGCCCACGCGGCGCACCGAGAGGGCCGCGGCCGCGGACGGCGCCGGCUGCCACCGGCCCGAGGAGCCUGCGGCCGCGGACGCACUGGGGGCCAGCGCGGUGGGCCCCCCAGAGCCCCCCAAAGCCAGGCCCUGCGGCAACGGCAGAACGAGCCACCGCAAGGAGCUGCGCUCCACGGUGACCUGCGAGAAGCGCCGCACGCGGGGGCUGAGCAGGAUCGUCCCCAAGUCCAAGGAGUUCAUUGAGACAGAGUCGUCCUCCUCCUCCUCUUCGGACUCGGACCUGGAGUCGGAGCAGGACGAGUACCCUCUGCCCAAAGCGCAGACCGCGGCCACCGCCGCCGCCACCUCCGGGGUUGACCCGAGACUGAAGGAGGCGGCCAACAGCGUCAGCGGCGGCGGCCCCCGAGCCCCCGUCGGCUCCAUCAACGCCAGGACCACCAGUGACAUCGCCAAGGAGCUGGAGGAGCAGUUCUACACGCUGGUCCCCUUCGGCCGGAACGAACUUCUCUCCCCGCUGAAGGACAGUGACGAGGUCAGGUCUCUCUGGGUCAAAAUUGACCUGACCCUGCUGUCCAGAGUCCCAGAACACCUGCCUCAGGAGCCAGGGGCCUUGAGCGCUCCUGCGGCCAAGGACGCUGACAGCGCACCGCCGAGUCUCCCAUCCGACCCGCCGGCAGAAAAGGCUUUGCCAAAAUCCAAGAGGAAACGCAAGUGUGACAACGAAGACGACUACAGGGAGAUCAAGAAGGCCCAGACCGAGAAAGAGAGCUCUUCGAGACUGGCUGCCUCUGCCAAUAAUACUUUGUCUGCGAACCCUUGUAACAUGAACGUCAACAGCUUGGCAAUACCAAUAAAUAAAAAUGAAAAACUGCUCCGGUCACCCACCUCACCCCUCUCCGAUGCAUCUAAACACAAAUACUCCAGUGAGGACUUAACUUCUUCCAGCCGACCUCAUGGCAACAGUCUGUUCACUUCUGCCUCUUCCAACAAAAAGCAUAAGGCCGACAACCAGCCGCAGCCCCACGCCGGAGACCUCACGAAGGCAGCUCACAACAAUUCCGAAAACAUUCUCCUCCACAAGUCACGGCCGCAGACAGAGCCGUGGUCUCCAGGCUCCAGUGGCCACAGGGACUGCAAGAGGCAGAAACUUGUCUUCGAUGAUAUGCCUCGCAGUGCGGAUUAUUUUAUGCAAGAAGCUAAACGCAUGAAGCAUAAAGCAGAUGCAAUGGUGGAAAAGUUUGGAAAGGCUUUGAACUAUGCUGAAGCAGCCUUGUCAUUUAUCGAGUGUGGAAAUGCGAUGGAACAGGGCCCCAUGGAAUCCAAAUCUCCUUACACGAUGUAUUCAGAAACAGUAGAGCUCAUCAGGUAUGCUAUGAGACUAAAAACCCACUCAGGCCCCAAUGCCACACCAGAGGACAAGCAGCUGGCUGCAUUAUGUUACCGAUGCCUGGCUCUCCUUUACUGGCGGAUGUUUCGACUCAAAAGGGACCACGCUGUCAAGUAUUCAAAAGCACUUAUCGACUAUUUCAAGAAUUCAUCUAAAGCUGCCCAAGCCCCAUCCCCAUGGGGGGCCAGUGGAAAGAGCACUGGAACUCCAUCCCCCAUGUCUCCCAACCCCUCUCCCACCAGCUCCGUGGGGUCUCAGGGCAGCCUCACCAACGCCAGCACCCUGUCCCCGUCGACCAUCGUCAGCAUCCCGCAGCGCAUCCACCAGAUGGCGGCCAAUCACGUCAGCAUCACCAACAGUAUCCUCCACAGCUACGACUACUGGGAGAUGGCGGACAACCUGGCCAAGGAGAACAGAGAAUUCUUCAACGACCUGGAUCUGCUCAUGGGGCCUGUCACCCUGCACAGCAGCAUGGAGCAUCUGGUCCAGUAUUCCCAGCAGGGCUUGCACUGGCUGCGGAACAGCGCCCACCUGUCGUAG